GGCGGGAAAGAGAAUGAAGAAGAGGGCGACGAAGAGGGAACGCCGACUUCGUUCUCUCUCUCUCUCUAGAUUACCUCUUUUCCUCUGCGUUCCUUCGCCUUCUGAAGCCAUGGGCGCUCUUGCUGUCGACUGCGCAAACAACCCCCUCGGUGUGGUGCGGUCGGCAUUCGAAGAUGCCGUCGCUCGCGGUCGGGAUCCGACGACCCUCGGCAACACCGAUUGGGGUGUCGCCGAUAUCUUCCGCCGAUUCCUUUUCGAACAGGAUGGCCUCUCUAAGGUUCCGCUACUUGAUACUGCCAAUCUGCAUUUGGUACAGCCUAAUUCUCUAGUAAAAUUUAGGGGAAUGGUACAAGACAUGUUUGACAAUGAGUUCUAUGUAGGGGCCUUCAAGGACGGUUCAACAUGGAGGACAAACAAGUUCAUGGAUGUUUCUACGUUUUCAAUGGCAUCAGCAUCAGACAUGCAAAUAUGGGACCGUCGCCUACUUUACUGUGUUCCUAUUCCAGGACAGAACACGUGGAUCGGUGAGUCAUCUUUGAGAACUGACUCGCCAAUGUGCUGUACACGGGACCCAUCCAUACAAAGAGAGAAGCGCGAGAGGGAGUCCAACAGUGAUUUUGAUCCAUCUCAUCCUGAAACGUCAGAAAUUUCACGUGCAAAGAAGUUGUGUGAGAAUGGGAGUUGCAGUCAGCAACAGCAGCAAGUUAAAGAUACUGCUGUUAAUGGCAGAAUGGACCUCCAUUUGGAGACAAAUUUAUUUUCCUGCUUAGUCAAGAUGUAUGAUGAGCCAAACUGUGAUUUGAAGCUCAACGAUGUGUAUGAAUUCAUUGGAAUUUUUACUUUCAAUCCUGAACUUGUGUCUUACACAAAUGGCAAUGAUGACUUUGCUGAUGAUCUAUGUGAAAGUGUUUCAACUCAAUUUCCACCUAGCAAGGUCCCCCGAAUCCACUGCAUAAUAUCCAGGAAGUUGAUGGUUCAAGACUUCAUUUCUGCCCCUAUUGAGAAUACCUCAAAUGUUAUAAGGAACAUGCGGGACUCACUGCUUGGAUAUUUUACAUCUAUUCUUGGUGGUGAUAGGCUUUCAGCAAACUUUUUGCUAAUGCAUCUCAUGUCUCAGGUUCAUGCUAGAGUAGAAUCGGUUGCUGUGGGGAAGCUUUCACUUAAUCUGACUGGCUUUACAAAAGAGAGUGCAGACAUCUUUGGAAGUAACCUUCAAAGUGCAAUCCAGAAUCUACUGCCUUUUUCUCAGAUCAUGCAACUCACUGUAGAAUAUCUCAACACUUCUUCUCUUGGUCCUAAGAAAAAUUACAACAUAAAUAGGUUAAUGACUGGAUCUCUACAGCUAGCUCGAGGAACACACUUGACUAUAGAUGAAACUGGACUGUUGCCUGGACCUCUUAAUGCAGUGGGAGUGAACAAUGCCAAGUUGCUUAAAGAUCUGCUUGAGUUGCAGAAGGUAGAGUACGAUUUUCAAUAUUAUAAGCUAGAAAUGGAAGCAGAUGUUCAAGUCUUGGUGAUCUCUACUGGAAAAUCAAACAUCGCACCAGCAGAUUUGGUGAUUCCUUUUCAUCCUACGGAAGCUGCUUCUUGUUCUAAUGUAACUUCAACAGAGUUACAAGCAUGGAGAUGGUACUUGACCACAAUGAGAUCGUUGCCACAUGCAAUUGACCCUGCAAUUCAGAAGACAAUUGAAGACGAUAUGGUGGCUGCCAGGCAAGCAGAAAGGACGUUGGGGCCUGAUGAUUUCAGCAGGUGGUUGACGAUGGCUCGCUUGAUGUCAAUAAGCUAUGGGGAACGGAGUCUGACUUUGGAACAGUGGCAGAUGGUAAUGGAGAUGGAAAGGCUAAGAAAAGAAAGGCUACAGUAGAUUAAAAAACAGAUAUGAAGUCUGGCUUGUAAAUAUCAUUAUUGUAGCCCUCCCUGUUUCCGAACUUUGCCUAUUCAUGUCAUGGCGGUACCGGGUAGAUGAUACAUCAAAAAAGUUGGUCUGAUAAAAUUCUAUGCUUAUGAAAUGAAAGA